AUGUCCAUCGAGUGGAUUUCUCUUUUUGACACUGUUUCCCUUCUCUUUGCCCCUGAAUACCAACCGAGUUUGCAGCUGAAUCCACAGCACUGCGUUCCGACUCUAGUGGACAAUGGAUUCGCUUUGUGGGAGUCGCGUGCCAUCAUGUGCUAUCUGGUGGAGAAGUAUGGCAAGUCAACGAACGAAUCCUUAUACCCAGCCGAUCCGCAACGGCGUGCGAUCGUAAAUCAACGGCUGUACUUUGACAUGGGCACACUGUAUCAGCGGUUCGGUGACUACUAUUAUCCGCAGAUCUUCGAAGGUGCUCCGGCGAACGAAUCCAAUUACGCGAAAAUUGGUGAAGCAUUAGCGUUUCUUGACACUUUUCUCGAGGGCGAACAGUUCGUUGCGAAAGGAACGGCCAUUUCACUGGCUGACAUAAGUGUCUACGCAACGCUUACCACGUUCGAGGUGGCAGGUUAUGAUUUCAGUGGGUAUAGUAAUGUCUUGAGGUGGUACAAAAGCAUGGCUGGUUGCAUUCCCGGCGCCGAGACCAAUCGUAGCUGGGCCGAAGCUGCAAGACCAUACUUUGAUAAGGUUAAACAUUGAGCUGGGGUGUCCUGGAGAUGUUAGCAAAUCCUGGAGACGUAGCAAAUAAAUCACACACACACGCACUCAGGAAGAGACAAGCUCAGUUAAAACUCGUUUCAUGCUGUUUGAGGACCCUUAAUCCAAAUUAAUUCUG